UACGUGUCAUGUGCUUGUCACAUGAUGAUAAUGAAGUCAUGUGAUAAGCGGCUCGCUUGAGCAAAGCAUAACAACAAAAUGAUUUUAUUUCAUGGGUUUGUGUUUUUCUUAAGUUUAAUUGGAUGUCAUGCAAUUCCAGUGGAAAGGAAUGCAGAAUGUGGUUAUGGGAGCUGUAAUCCAGUGAAAGAUGACAUGAUAAAUGUUCAUCUUGUACCGCAUACACAUGAUGACGUCGGGUGGCUGAAAACUGUUGAUCAGUAUUACUAUGGAGCCCGUAAUAUCAUACAGAAUGCUGGGGUCCAGUACGUUCUGGACUCGGUCAUUCAGGAGCUGGCUGGUGACCCUAGCAAGCGCUUCAUCUACGUUGAGAUUGCGUUCUUUGCACGAUGGUGGCGUGAACAAGAUGAAAGCAUGCAGACCUUGGUGAAAGGCCUGGUUAACAAUGGCCAGCUUGAGUUUAUUCUUGGUGGCUGGUGCAUGAAUGACGAGGCAUCUACUCACUACAAUGCCAUCAUUGAUCAGCAUUCCCUCGGCUUUGAGUUCCUCCGUCAGAACUUUGGCGAGUGUGGUCGGCCAAGGAUUGGCUGGCAGAUCGACCCCUUUGGCCACUCCAGGGAACAGGCCUCGCUCUUCGCUCAGUUUGGUUUUGAUGGUCUGUACUUUGGUCGCCUUGACUACCAAGACAAGGACACCCGCCUCAACCAGACAACCAUGGAGAUGAUCUGGCAUGGCAGUCCAGAUAACCUGGGCUCAAAGGCAGACCUGUUCACUGGUGUACUCCCAAACCUCUACCAACCCCCUGACGGCUUCUGCUUUGAUAUAUUUUGUGAUGAUGAACCCAUCAGGGAUGACCCUCGUCUCCAUGACUACAAUGUGGAUGAAAAGGUCUAUGACUUUCUAAGUGCAGUUCAAGACCAGGCGAAGCAUUACAAGACAAACCACAUCAUUAUGACAAUGGGCUCUGACUUCCAGUAUCAGAACGCCCACCACUGGUACAAGAACAUGGACAAGCUCAUCAAGUACACCAACAUGAUGCAAACCACAAACAACAUGAAGGUGAAUGUCCUCUACUCCACACCAUCCUGCUACACCUACCAACUGAACAGAGCUGAUAAGACGUGGCCAACGAAGAAGGAUGAUUUCUUCCCAUACGCCCACCGGGAUCACAGUUUCUGGUCCGGGUAUUUCUCAAGUCGGGCAGCUUUGAAAGGCUAUGAGCGAGAAACAAACACAUUCUUGCAGGCCUGCAAGCAGCUGGAUGCCCUGGCCAUGCUGACUGACAUGCACAACAAUACUCUAAACAUUCAAGUGCUCAGAGAGGCCAUGGGUGUUGUGCAGCACCACGAUGGAGUCUCGGGCACAGAGAAGCAGGAGGUUGCCUAUGACUACGCCAUGAGGCUAGCCAAUGGUCGGACAGCGUGCCAGAAAGUCAUGAAUGAUGCGUUUGCAAAGCUUAUUCAGAAGGGCUCAGAAGGCUUCAUGGGCGUGGCAUUCUGUGACCUCCUUAACAUCAGUGCAUGUGAAGUCACACAGAACAACAAACAGUUUGUGAUGGUGGUUUAUAACCCAGUGGGUCACACAGUGUCCCGCUGGCUGCGUCUUCCCGUCAUUGGCGAGGCUUACACAGUGAUGGGCCCUGACAACUCACCAGUGCAGACACAGAUUGUUCCCGUCACCAAGCGGACCAUGCAGAUACCAGAGCGUAAUGGCGCCAUAGCAACCAACGAGCUUGUCUUCAAAGUCUCCAUACCUGCCCUCGGCUUCAGUACAUAUUUCAUCAAGAUGUCGAACAGCAAACCAACCAAGGAAAUGCAGCAGUCUAGGAUGGAGAAGAUUCAAGGAAAGGAUUUUAUCAUGAAGAAUGAGCACAUGGCACUGACGCUUGAUGGUAACACCGGUAAAUGGAAGAGCCUGAAGGACCUUCACAGUGGAAUUGAGAUUAACGUAACAAAUGACAUGGCUGUCUACUACGGUAUGCCUGGAAACUGCAGUAGAGGUGAUUUCCAGCCAUCAGGGGCGUAUAUCUUCCGACCCAAUGGCACAGCUCCCAGCGGACCAUCAUCAGCUAUGCUGAUAAAGGGUCCUCUUGUGACGGAAGUGCACACUAGUUUCUCCUCUUGGGCCACAUUGGUUACACGCAUGUAUACGGGUGAGCCAUAUACUGAGGUGGAGUGGACUGUGGGACCCAUACCCAUAGAUGAUAACCUGGGCAAGGAAGUUGUUGUUCGAUUUAUGACGGAUCUAAAGACUAAUUCAAUGUUCUACACAGAUGCCAAUGGCAGAGAGAUUAUCACAAGAAAACGUGAUUACCGCGAGACGUGGACAUUUAACCAGACAGAACCUGUGGCAGGAAACUAUGCACCAGUCAACAGCAGGAUUUACAUUAAGGAUGAUAACAAAGGCCUGCAGUUCACCGUGUUGAACGACCGCUCACAGGGAGGUUCCAGCAUACAGGAUGGAGAGGUCGAGCUUAUGGUCCAUCGCCGUACGCUGUAUGACGACUGCUUGGGCGUUGGGGAACCGAUGAAUGAGACAGGCUCUGACCACAAUGGUCUUAUUAUUAGAGGCAAGAUGUUUGUCCACUCGGGUACGACAGAUACUGCAGCCCAGUUCCAUAGAGAUUUCGCUCUCCGUCAGUACAUGGCUCCUCUCCCAAUGUUUGCUGUCACAGACAUGAAGUAUUCUGAUUACUCCACAUACUUUAGAACCAUGUGGUCUGGGCUGAAGCAGGAGCUGCCGCCCAAUGUUCACCUGUUGACGUUGGAGCAAUUUGGGGGUCCCCCCAUUGGACCUGUCGAUACACAGACAUACCUCAUUAGGCUGGAACACUUUUAUGAGAAGGGGGAGGAUGCCGAGCUGUCUCAGCCAGUCUCUGUCAAUAUUCAGGACCUGUUUGUGCCAUUCAGUAUUGUGGGUGCGGAGGAGCUGACACUGGGGGCCAACUUGGCGCUGUCUGACCUCAACCGUCUGCAGUGGCAGGCCAAGGACCAGUAUGUCAGGGACAAAGAGGACAAAAUUUACAAGGUUGAAAAGCGUGUUCCACUGAGCAGUGCCCUUGACCCAGUCAUGUUGAACCCUAUGGAGAUCAGAACAUUACAGGUGACCUUGAGAGGGGGAUUCCCUCAGCGCAAGGAAAACAAAUUUGAUGUGUUCUCCUAAAAAAGCACCUCUUUUGUUUCAUGUGACAAUGAUGUACAAGUAUUCCACUGAUAGAGUGAAGAAAUUAAUAGUUUUUCCGCUUUAAAAUACCAAAAUUUUGUGUUUGUAACUCCUCUUCAACUACUGGGUGAAUGUUGCUAAUUAAAACUUUCAAAGUUGAAUGACCUCAAUGUGUAGAUAAUCUUAUAGAAAGAUUUUAUCGCUGCAAUACGCUUUGGCAAAUUAUGGCUCUUAAAAGCCUCUUUGUCAGUGUUUCCCUUAUUAAUAUAGUGUGUGUUUACUUCCCCUCUUAAACUACUGGGUGGAUUUUGCCUAAACUUUACAGUUAAAUAACCUUAAUUUGUAGAUGAUCAUUAAGAUAUUGAAUAUAAAAAACUGUAUUUAACUCCUCUAACUGUACAGUGAAUUUUAAAUAAACUUUCAAUGCUAAAUUAUUGUUACAAGAGAAAGUUCCACAGCGACGAGUUUCGACAUUUUGCUCUUUGUCCACUGUAGAAUAUAUAUUGGAUGUCCAAACAUUUGGUAGUCAGUGUCUGUAAAACAUUUAUAGUUUGUUUUGUUUGAUAAGGAAAACAAUAUUUAUUCAUUUUAGUAGUGAUUGAACUUUUUCAGUUUUUUCUGACAUUUGCAUUGUGUUAUUUUUUGUUUAUUCUUAUUGGAAGAUUUCAGUUUUUGUACUUAAUGAUCCUUUGUGUACGUUGUGAUGAUGUGUCUUAAUAAGUAGUUUGUUUCAAAAUUGAAUAUUGCAUUUUCUCAACAUAAUUAUUUAAGAACAACCAUAUUUCAAGUUGGAAAUAGUUAUUUAUUAGAAAUUACAUUUGUUUACAGUGCAUUUUCAGGGUGUCCUAACUAUUUUUCAAUUUCAUGCAUAUUAUUCCCUAAAUGUUUAUGUAGUAUCUUUUGCAAUUAUAUCACCAAGAUAGUUCUGUGAUAAAACAAUGUGCUUUGUUCUAAAUAUGCACCAAUAUUUUUAUAUUUGCAAUUAUGUAUACACGUGCAGAUGUAUAAUAAAUAUAUGCACACAUGUGUGUCUGCCUAUGUGUAUUUGUAUCUAUCCUUCAAUAACAUAUUUGUAUGGACCCUCAUUAUACUGGGGGUGAAGCAUAUAGAUUGUCCUGUAAGUCCGUCCUUCCCAUUUGUUGUAAACUAAAAAAGUAUGUGCAGGGAGGGAUAAAACUGUAGAGGAAUAAAACUUUGAAACAUA